ACUGCUAUUUCUAGUAUGAGCUGUUCAAACUUAUGUGAUCUUGAUACUUUGGUUACUAGAAAUCCUGGCUUCAUUGACUACAGAGUGGCUCCUCUGUCAAAAUUUGGGAACUACUCAUGUCAAAACACAAGUGGAGGACCAAGGAUAACUCUUAGGUGCAAUAGUUGUCAACCAAUUCAAGACAAUAUGUAUAUUUCCUGGCAGUUCAUUGAUCUUCCUGAUAAUCCUGCUGCUGCUGUUGGAUUUCAGUUAAAUCUUACUGCAAGGAGUCAUGCUAAUAAAAGACAUCUGAGUUUUGUUAGUGGAACCCUAGAGAUUGGAAGUACUUUGGAUGAUAGACCAGUUACAUUCAGAGGGAGUAAUACAAAUAUAUUGAAACUCAGUUUAUUUCCGCGGAUAUACCAUAAUCUACAUGAUCUAAGGCUCAUCCAACCUUUGUUUCAUGCGUUUGUACUGGGUUCAUUCUUUAAUGACACAAGUCAGCUCCAAGCAUCCCUUCAAAGGCCUAAGGAUGGAAUACUUAACACCACAUUGUACAUCAACUUCCUCUCUGACUACAUUAUGGAGAUAGAUAAGCAAAAUAUUAUGGGUCCUGUGAGCUUCCUUGCUGAUCUUGGCGGCUUGUAUUGCAUCUCCAUUGGCAUAUUUUUCUACCUUCUGGUGCAAGUAUGAAACUUGACCCUCAAAGUUUUGCUUUGUUCUUCAUCACUAUUUUCAUGCUUACGAAAAGUUUCAA